AUGAUUCCCGGCCGGUCGCCUUCACGAAUGUCGGGCCAGCGAAAGUUCCUGGGCGCCAUAGCAGAACUGCUGCCCAACACCACGGCCGAGUUUGAAGAAGACGACAGCGACAUUGCCGUUACCUUUGCGGGCAAGGGGCGCAGAACGGCGCAGAUGCUAGCCAAACACAACUCGGUCAUCUUGGCCGAGAGCGGGCAGAAAGUCCACCGGUCCAACUCUUUCUUCAACUCGGAAUUCGAGAGCUUCAACGACGACUCUUUCCACGACUCGGAGUAUCUGGAAAGCAACAUCAGUUUGCCCAUGUUGGAGCACAACCGCCAGCUCCAGCGCGUUCCUCAUCGCCUUCGAAAGUUGCGCCUCAGUAUAGCCAAGCUUUGGCGCUCGACCAUGUUCCAGAACGUGCUCAAAUGCUCGUUGGCGUACUUGGUGGCGUCCAUGGGCGUCUACUGGGGGCCCUUCAAUCGCUUCUUGGGCAACACAGACUCCAAGCACGUCGUGGCAACCACAGCAGUGUACUUCCACCCGGCACGAACCAAAGGGUCGAUGCACCAGCUGCUUUUGUUUGUGCUUUUGUCUUUGGCGUACAGUUUCGUUGUUUCGUUGGUGUGCCGCUCCGUUUCGACAUACUUCUUCACCCACGGGCUUGACGAGACAAGCUAUGUCAUCGACUUGGUCAUCAGCUCCAUCGGGCUCGGAGUCAUUGCGUUCAUGAAGCAAAAGGUGAAUCGCCAGACCUUCAACACCGCGUGCUCUCUUGCAUCGAUUUCGCUAGCCACAUGUAUCGUGAAAGAGGGCUCGUUGAACUCCCAAGUCAUUCCAAUGGGCAGACUUCUUUCGACUGCCCAUGUGGUUGUGGUGGGCUCGCUUAUUCCUGUGGCCAUAUGCUAUUUGGUAUGGCCCAAGAGUGCAGUUACUGCGCUUCGAACGUCUUUGAACGACUCCUUUAACAUCAUGUCGUCGCUCUUGUCCAUCACAACCCACCGGUUUUUAAACGGGGACAAGGUGUCCGCUAAAGAUGCCGAGAUAUUCUCUCUUCUUCGAAAGAAAACCACAGAUCUCAAGGGCAGCCUUGAAGAAGCCAUGUACGAGCUCUAUCUUGUGGGAAAAGAAGAGGAGUUCGCAACAUAUUCAGCCAUUGUGGACGCCACGGUUUCGUUGCUGGAACACUUGCAGGCUUUGCGUUCCUCAUGCGAAAUGCAAUGGCAACUUUUGCAUGCAAAAGGUCUGGAAUCAGGCUCCUCCAGUGUCCCCAGUGACCCAAACGAACAGCCGAACAACUCGAUGAAGCAGAACAACCCCGAAACCGAAUCGACUCACAGCUUUUCCAGCUAUCAUUCAGAUUUGAUCCGCCUCUCUCAAUCAAUGGAAGACAUGAGCAGCAGCCACCCGAUAGAUACGUCCUUGCUUGAGACAAGUGACAUGGACUACAAUGCAAUGUACCUGACACAAUUAUUUGAUUUGUUUGUGUAUUAUUUGGCUCCGUCCAUCAAGUCUUUUGUUUUCACCGUCAAGGAGGUGUUGAGCGCCGUGCCUUUUGAAAAAAAAUUGAUUGAGGAGACAGAACACCAUAAUUUCUUUGCCAAGUCCUCAAACUAUAGACUUUCAUUGACCAAAGCGAUUGGGCUUUUCGAAAACAAACAGGAUCGCUCGUUCGACAAGCUAUACUCACAGGACAUUUUCAAACCAAACAACAGCAACUUCAAAACUGAUCAAGAAGAAGUCACGGCAUGUUGUGGAAACUUUUCAUUUUUGUUGGCUUUAUACGGCAAACUGCUUAUCCACUUCAUGGAGCUUACAGAGCAUUUUGAGCUUGUUUCCAAGUCCAGUCCUCGAUCUUGGAAAUGGUGUAAGCUCUGGAAGAAAAGAAGCCACACAGAAAACUCUGCAAUAAACUCCUCAUUCGUGGAUGCGCUUCAGGAGCUCAAAUUGCAACUCAAACCAAAGUCAUUGGACGCUGUAACUGAAAGAACCAGUCUCCUUCCUAACACGCAACAAAUUGAUCGUUAUCGACUUCGUCUUUGGAAGUCGCUCAGUUUUCUUCGCCGCACAGAUAUCCAGUUUGGACUUCGAGUGGGUGUUGGUGCUUUUUGCAUCUCGAUUUUCGCUUUCAUUCCCCAGACAAAGGAUAUUUUUGAAACUUGGAGAUUGGAGUGGACGCUCGUCAUCUACUGUAUCAUGAUGAAUAAGUCACUAGGGGGAACUACUAUGACAGUUAAAUGGAGAAUAAUGGGAACCUUCUUGGGAGCUUUCACCGCGUACGUUAUUUGGAAGAUUUUUGAUGGAAACGGCGUGGCCCUUGCCAUAACUGGCUUUUUGGUUUCGCUUCCGUGUUUCUACAUCAUCAUAUAUUGGAAAAAGAAUAACGCCUACGGCCGUUUUAUUCUCUUGACUUAUAACUUGACUGCAUUAUACUCGUAUAGCAUGGCCCAGAAAGACUCCGAAGAUGGGUACGAAGGAGGCGACUCGCCUAUCGUUGGUGAGAUUGCAUUCCACAGAUUUGUGUCUGUUUCCAUUGGUAUAGUGUGGGCACUAUCUGUGGCCACAUUUUUCUUACCCAACAGCGCCAGAGCUAGACUAAAAUCGGGACUUACAGUCUUGUGGCUCCGCAUGGGCGUUAUUUGGAACAGCGAUCCUUUGGACUAUCGCGAGACCAGAGAAGGAAGCAACUUUGUGGGGAUCAAAGAUUUCAAAAACACCAGGAACUUGCUUGUGGAAUGCCAGACGCUUCUUAAGCAGGCGCCAGUCGAAUUUCGGUUGAAAGGCAGUUUCCCCAAGGCCAUCUACGAGAAGCUAUUGGCCAGCACUUCGGCAAUUCUAGAUGCGUUUCUGAAUUUCCAACUUAUGGUGGAGGUGGACUCGAAAAUGGACCCGACAGAAGAGUACGUUUUGGAAUACAUAUCGAACGAACGAAGCGAGCUCGAGCACCGGAUCUUUUUGAUCUUUUACAUGGUUGCCAGUGCAUUGGCGUUGGGAUUCCCAUUGCCUUCGAAACCUGCUUCAACAGAACACGCCAAAAUGCGUAUGCUUCUCAAACUUAGUGAAAUGAGAUCAAAACACACUCGUGAGCAAAUGCAUUUGACGAAUGAAGACUACGUUUUGCUUUACUCUUACAUUUUAGUCAGCACGACAAUCACCACGGAGCUUGACAAGAUUAUAGAGCUCAUAAAGGAGCUUCUUGGCGACAUCUCCGAAGACAUUUUCUCGUUGGUGUGA